AUGCAAACCAUCAACUCGGGACCGGGUGGGAACAGCUCGACUGCUAUCAUCGAACUGCCAACGACAUCUCACCUACGGAUCGACACUGAGAAAGCAGCCACAACAGCAACGCCUCCAGCACCAACCAUCCCCAAUGCCCCUUUUUCAUCGCCACAGACUGACAACAAACCACAAUUACAAAAAUGGAAUUCUCCUCGGAUCAACGUCUGGCGCUGCGCGGGAACGUUCUGGUCCUUCAUGAUCCUAGGAGCCAGUGACGCCGCGUACGGGGCCCUGAUCCCUUAUCUUGAGGACUGGUAUAAUGUCAAUUAUACCAUCAUCUCGCUUGUGUUUCUGAGUCCCCUGGUGGGGUAUAUACUGUCGGCGCUCCUUAACAAUCACAUACACAUGGUAUAUGGACAGAGAGGGGUCGCUUGCAUCAUGAGCAUGUCACAUCUUUUGGGAUUUGUUGCUAUUUGUCUGCAUCCUCCUUACCCGGUGCUGGUUGUCAUAUAUAUCCUCUUGGGGUUCGGGAAUGGUUUAGGGGACAGUGGGUGGAACGCUUGGAUCGGUGACAUGGCUGAUGCCAAUGAAGUGCUCGGCUUUCUCCAUGGCUUCUAUGGCCUCGGGGCAGCCUUGUCUCCUCUCAUAGCGACGUCGGUCGUCACCAAAGCAGGCUGGAAAUGGUACGAGUUCUACUACCUCAUGGUAGGAGGUUCGGCGAUUGAAGUUAUCAUCCUCGUCGGCACCUUCUGGAAGGCCGACGCCCACGCUUUCCGUGCUCAGCGUUCAAUGGCUGGCGAAGCCCAGCCGACCAUAUCUGCCGAUGCGACUUCGCAGUCCCUACACGAGCAAAGUACGUGGAAGAAACUCAACCCCUUCGGCAAGAGAGAAGAGGGCAAAAGUAGAACACUUGAAGCGGUCAAGAACAAAGCCACUAUCCUUGCGUCAAUAUUCCUGCUCGCAUAUGUCGGCGCAGAAGUCUCGAUUGGAGGAUGGAUUGUGAGUUUUAUGCUGCGUGUUAGGAAAGGUUCUCCCUUUGCGUCGGGAAUGACUUCGACGGGAUUUUGGCUCGGGAUCACGGUCGGGAGGUUCGUUCUCGGAUUUGUAACGGGUCGCCUGUUCAAGAGUGAGAAAUGGGCCGUGACCACGUACGUGACCUGCAGCGUGGUGCUGCAACUGUUGUUCUGGCUCAUCCCGAACUUCUAUGUCAGUGCCGUCAUGAUUGGGUUUAUCGGCUUCUUCCUGGGGCCAAUGUUUCCGGCGGCUGUGGUGGUACUUACCAAGCUGCUGCCCAAAAGGCUCCAUGUCGCGGCCGUCGGGUUCGCAUGCGCAUUCGGAGCCAGCGGUGGCACAUGGAUGCCGUUUGCUGUAGGAGCCAUCGCUAAUAAAGCUGGUGUGAAGGUGUUGCAGCCGAUAAUAUUGGCCGCGUUGGUGUUGUGUUUGGUGGUUUGGCUAUUGAUACCCAGACUACCGAAACAGAGGUUGGCGUGA